AUGCGGUCCUCACGCCAAAUCCUCCUGGCUCUGGCUACUGCAGUGCUGCAAGCCACUACUCCAGUAUCGGCACAAAACCUGAAAGAACAGGUCUGGGCUGUCUUUGCCUAUACACUACACGGAGACAGCGUCCCGACAGCGCUGCCCCGUGAGAGUGUCGUGACGCCCUAUGGCGCCAGUGAGCUGUACACUGCUGGAUCGGCCUUCCGUGAUCGAUAUAUUGCGAUUCAUUCGACGGACGUUAGUCCCAGUACAAGAAUCGAACGGAUUUCCUCCUAUGUACUUGCAGACGAAGACAUCGAUAUCUUGGCCACCACGGACCCCUCUGUGAUUGCAUCCGCCCAGGCCUUCAUGCAGGGACUUUAUCCGGCGUUGAAUGAGACAUACGAUGCUCAAUUCUUUGAUCCCAUUUUCCUCAUGUCGAAUGGCACCGUGACUACGGGACCUUUGGGCGGAUAUCAGUAUUCCCGCGUCGUUAGUGCGAGCCUCGACGAUCCCCAGUCCGUGACCGUUGCAGGCCACCAGAACUGCAUGUUGCAUCAGACUGCCGACCUUGAGUACCGGAAUAGCCCGGAGACCCAAGACCUGGUUCAGACAUCGGGGGCGUUCUACAACCGCCUGUAUGAGUUCUCCUUGAGAGACACAUUCGAUCGCUCAUCAGCCAAUUACCUCAACGCUGUUUCCAUAUCCGAAUUCCUCCAGUACCAGUACUUGCACAAUGAAUCGCUCCUCCGCAGCCUGAACGAAGACGACAUUAAGCUCGCCAACUGGUACGCAGACCAGUACACCUUUGCGACUAAUGGCAAUACCACAGCCUCCAGUCCCAUCCAGAGCGGGAAUGUUCGCGCUGUGGCGGGCCGAUCCAUGGCGUCUCGUGUCUUGGAUGCCUUCAACACCAACAUCUACAACCGGGGUGACAGCAGCAAAUUGACCUUCCUCUUCGGCAACGCCGAGCCGGCGGUGGCUCUCGCAUCCCUCCUACGACUCCCAUCCCCGCAGCAGUCAAACUUUUACUCGCGACCUGCGCUCGGUGCAUCGAUCAUCUUCGAGCUCUUUAGUCUCGAGAGCGACUCCUACCCAACCUACCCCGAUCCAUCUCAACUGUACGUGCGGUUCCUCUUGCGCAACGGAACCGACGACGAGGCAGAGUUCCAUCCCUAUCCUCUGUUCGGACUCAGCCCCAGCAACACGGAUGUCUUGUACUCGGAGUUUGAGGAGGAAUUGACCAAAUUCGCCCUAAACUCCACCGAAGCGUGGUGUCUCCAGUGCGGCGCCAGUUCGGCGGUGUUCUGUCCCGGGAUUCUGGAGGAGGCCGACGAUGCUGAUGCAUCAUCGGCUCAGAAGGGUAACAAGAACAACAUCAGUAUAACACCUGGCGUGGCAGGCGUCAUUGGCGCUAUUGUUACCCUUGUUGUGAUUGGUAUGGUUGCCGCAGCUGGGUUCUUGUUCUUUGGCAUUCGAAUGAAUCGACGGUACAAGUCGAACCUCACCGACAUCAAGGGAGGAAUCAAGUUGGCCAGUGAUUCGAACCUAGCUCUGCGGGAGAAUAUGUGA